GACGCCAGCGUCAUUUUCGUCCCUUUUCCUUCCAGCUGAAGGUGGUCUGUGCGUGACAGGCAUUUGUCCCAGUCGUCGCGCGGGGCUGCGGGGGCUACGCACGAACCACCAGCACCCACGCAUCCAAGUCAAGGGACACAAGCCGCGAUGUAGGUCCGGUAGUUAAGGAAUUGCGCUGGCCCGAGGAGCUAUUAUAGAGCAUCGGCUACACGCAAGCACUGCAAAGAAGAUGACUAGGUAGUGAAGACGAAUUACAGCAAUUUCAUUUGGACUGGCUCCGUACUCGAGAAUCGCGUAUUUGUCGUGGAAUCUCUCCGCACGUGCGUCAUGAUGCUCUCUCUAGUGGAGCCCCCGACGACGUCACCAGUACAUCUUGUGGACCACCAAAACCAACUACAUCCCAUCAACCUCCCUCCAAAUAGGUAUUUGCGAACCCAGAGCUGGUAAUUAUCGGUUUCUCAAUCGCGCGAAUACUAGAUUCUCAAGUCAAGAUGCCAUCCUUCCCGGCGGCUUCCCUUCGAUAUGCCUUGCGCACCCCGGCGGCUCGGGCGACCAUCCGCCCAUCUCGCUUGCCACUCGUACUCCAAGUCCGAAGAUUCGCAGAGCCUCGGCGCGCCGAUGGGGACCUCGGAGGUCCUGGAGGCUCCGAGACCUAUCCAGCUAGCAAGCCGAUGCACAGAAAAUACACAACGGUCACUGUGGCCGGCAUCAUCCUCGGCGUCGGUCUGUUUGCCAUGAUGGGUAGGCGGCCGAAGGAAAAUACCGAGAAGAUGGCCAAGUAGUCACGGGAUCGGCCGCCAACACCUUCGGAGACGUACGUGAGGAUUGACUACAGAAGGUGUCCGUGUUCGCCUGCAACAUGUAUUAAUAAACGCUCAUUUGGGAUGGGCCACCUUGCCUUCUCGGUCGGUUUGACGAUCUGAGGUGGGGAAUCUCGGCGGGGGUUAGCUCG